CACGGGGGAAAGAGGGGAAUAGGGAGGAAUGGACAAGUGUAUGAAUGGAUGGAUAGAUGGGAUGGACAGCUGCUGAUCAGUGGUUCGUACUCGCCCAAGACGCAGAAUUCUGCAGCCCCUAAGGAGAUCAGAGUGUUGAAACUCUACAGAUGCCCCCUUCAACCUCCACCACGUCAAACCUUCACCCAAGAUUUACAGAUUCCUUCCCCAGUCUUGGAAGCCCUUAGAAGGCAUCCUGUGUCCGCCAAGGAUGCACGAACCAGUCCGAUCCCAUUGACAAUCAGAUUCACCCUACCACCACCGCGGAUCCUGGCAGCCCAGCCCCCUCCCAAAAGGCCCGUCACCCCUAGUCCAGCAUACCCUCCCCUGGGACCUAGGAGUACCAGCCAUCCUCCGGAGCCCUUUGGGACACGGGCGUCGGAGCCCCGGCCCCCGCCUUCCGGAUCCAGGUGUCCCCUCCGCACACCCAGCCCGAAGCCUGCGUCUCGAGGCCGCGCUCGCGUCGCCAUGGCAACGGGAGUCUAUUUUGCGCCGGGAACACACAGCUCCCUCCGCAGGGCCCCCCACCCACCCUGCUUAAGAGUAGGGGUCUCAAAGGGCUGGGAUGGGGAGGCAAUGCCGUGAUGGGAAUCAGACAGAAGCCUGGGACAGGCGUGCAGAGAUUGAGAGCCCCUGACUGAAGUACUGGGUGUGGAGACCAUAGGGAGGAUACAGCUCCAGGCGGGGGAGGCUGGAGAUGGAGGCCCCAGACAGAGAUCAGGGACAGAGCCCCAGACAGACGCAGAGAUGCAGAGGGCCCGAAGCAAGGGCCCGAUGGCAGAGUCGGGUUAAAAGGAAAGAGAAAACAGCCGGUUGGAUGGAGGCAGGGGUCCUGACAAGAGGAUGCACUGAGUGUCUAUCUAGGCAGGGACCCCAGACAGCCCAGAUAGAGUAGAGCUGCAUGUAAUGCUGGGGGAGACCCACUUUUUCCUCUGGCAAGGAUUUGGGGGAUCUUUCCCUGUAGCUAGGACCGGCUCCGCUUCCCUCCCUCUGCUUCUUCCACAGGUCUUCAGUUUUGCCUGAUUUCCGCAUUCCUACCUCAAACUGUUUUCCCAAUCCCCGAGAUUCCUAGGCACCCCCUCCACUUGUUCUCCAACCCCUGCCCUGAUCUGCUCUCCCGUUACCUCCUCCACCACUGCCACCUGCAGACCCCACUUAGGGCAUUUUAGAGGCUUUGGUCCUUGUUGGUUAUGCCCUCCCUCUCUGGGUCUCACUUCUCUCACUCUCUUGCCCACCCCACCCCCACUCCCCGGCAUCUCUGUUCCUCCCUCUCUGGGUCUCCCACUCUCUUUCUCUGUCUUCUUCCCAUCACUAUCCAUCCUUCCGGUACCACCUUCCGUGGGUUUCUAUCUCUUUCCUAGCUGGCUGGCUCUGUCUUCCUCUUUGUUUCUAUGUUCCCCUCUUCCUGGAUCCUGUUCCUCUGUCCCUUCACCAGCCUCCCCCCCACCUGCUGCUGUUCUCUUCCAGGACCCUCAGGAGGCUCUUCCCAGUCCAACCCACUUCCGCCAUCCUAGCCAAGAUUCCCCACCCCCAGCUAGCAGAGACGGGAUAGGACUUGUUGGGGGCUUCCUCUCUCCAAUCUGGCUUUCUUUCUCUGUACCUUGCGUCUCUCAAGUCCUGGGCUGGAUUUGAGAACCAAGCAAGGUGCAGCAGCUGGAAGAACCGGGGGUUUGGGCCUCCCUUUCCACCCGCCCCCUCUGGCUGUGGAGGAGGACAUUGACUUUUCCAGAACAUUCUCGCCACUGCAAAAGGAAGCCCUCUGUGUAUGAAGCCCUCCCUUCCAGCUACAAUAUAUAAGUAAUAGGAUUUCUGUCUGCAUGGGCUUGACUACUGUUGGCAUUUCAUUGCUCCCUUCGUUAUAACUUCUGCAAGCCCCUCCUCCAUCCCCGCCGACCUUUCUUUUCUCCCAUUUCACUCCCCUCUAGUUGCUCUCUUUGCCCUCCCCUUCCACCCCUGCAGUUCAGCUCCGAGAUCCGCAGCCUGGCGUCCCGGUGCACACCAUGCGGGCCCUGCUGCUGCUCGGGAGCAUCGCGCUGCUGGCCUCCGCCGCGGGUCCAGCCAAGGCGCGCCCAUCCAACGAUACGAGCGCAGUGGCCCCGGGCCCGCUGCCUGCGCUCCUCGCGCACCUGCGGCGCCUAACCGGGGCUCUGUCGGGCGGCGGGAGCCCGGCGGGCACCGGCGCUAACGCCACCAAGACCAGCCCCGCGGGUGGCGCGGGUGCAGCGGCACGGGCGCCCCCUCCGGCCGAGCUCUGCCACGGCUACUACGAUGUCAUGGGCCAGUACGACGCCACCUUCAACUGCAGCACCGGCUCCUACCGCUUCUGCUGCGGCACCUGCCACUACCGCUUUUGCUGCGAGCACCGCCACAUGCGCCUGGCGCAGGCCUCUUGCUCCAACUAUGACACGCCACGCUGGGCCACCACUCCUCCGCCUCUAGCCGGGGGCGCUGGGGGCGCUGGGGGUGCGGGCGGGGGCCCGGGACCGGGCCAGGCAGGGUGGCUGGAAGGGGGUCGGGCCGGGGGAGCUGGGGGUCGUGGGGGAGAGGGCCCUGGGGGCAGCACAGCCUACGUAGUGUGCGGAGUCAUCAGCUUCGCCCUGGCGGUGGGCGUCGGUGCCAAAGUGGCCUUCAGCAAGGCGUCGCGUGCGCCCAGAGCGCACCGGGAGAUCAACGUGCCCAGAGCUCUGGUGGACAUUCUGAGGCAUCAAGCAGGACCUACAACCCGCCCAGACCGGGCCCGAAGCAGCUCUCUGACCCCAGGGCUAGGAGGCCCAGAAAGCAUGCCUCCUAGGACACCCAAGAACCUUUACAACACCAUGAAGCCCUCCAACCUCGAUAACCUGCACUACAACGUCAACAGUCCCAAGCACCGCGCUGCCACACUGGACUGGCGAGCCAUGCCACCACCCAGCCCCUCCCUGCACUACUCCACUCUGUCCUGCUCUCGAUCCUUCCACAACCUCUCGCAUCUUCCCCCAUCCUAUGAGGCUGCUGUGAAAUCAGAACUGAAUCGCUACUCCUCUCUAAAGAGAUUGGCUGAGAAAGAUCUAGACGAAGCCUACCUGAAGCGCAGACAUCUAGAGAUGCCCCGUGGAACCCUGCCUUUGCAUGCACUGCGGCGGCCUGGUACUGGAGGUGGCUACCGCAUGGAUGGCUGGGGUGGUCCCGAAGAGCUGGGCCUGGCACCGGCACCCAACCCCCGGAGGGUUAUGUCCCAGGAGCAUCUGCUGGGUGAUGGCCGAGCUUCCCGCUAUGAGUUCACAUUGCCUCGAGCGCGGCUGGUGUCUCAGGAACACCUGCUGCUGUCCUCACCGGAGGCCCUCCGCCAGAGUCGAGAGCACCUGCUGUCACCACCAAGAAGUCCUGCACUGCCUCCAGACCCCACCACCCGGGCCAGCCUGGCUGCGUCACACUCCAACCUGCUGCUGGGGCCUGGGGGCCCCCCCACACCACUGCAUGGGUUGCCUCCAUCAGGCCUGCAUGCCCACCAUCACCACGCCCUUCACGGCUCUCCUCAGCCAGCCUGGAUGUCCGAUGCAGGUGGGGGUGGGGGCACACUGGCCCGCCGGCCACCCUUCCAGCGCCAGGGAACCCUGGAGCAGCUUCAGUUCAUUCCUGGGCACCACCUACCACAGCACCUGCGCACUGCCAGCAAGAAUGAAGUGACUGUCUGAGGCCAGGGUAGAGCGCUGGGGGCUGUGGCUUCUGAGGCCCCCUCCUCCCAGCCCAGAUCUCCAUCACAGGCUUAUCAUACACACCAAGGGUCUGAGACCAGAUGGGCCCUUGGAUCGGAGACCACACCUCCUUUUGGGAUGUCACAGUAGAUGAGAUCUCUCCUCCUACUUUGUCACUGUUUGAACCAAGGCCUCCUUCCCAUGAUGUCAUCGCAGAGGAAGAGGCCUGUACAUGAGGUCAUCGCUAGCAAAUAUGUCUGUGUUCUAUGAUGUCAUUGCAGGAACUAAACCUUCCUAUGAGGUCACCACAGAGGAAGAGGCCUGCCCAUGAGGUCAUCACUAGAGGCUGUCCAUUUUGCAUGACAUCACCAGAGACUCCUUCCCUGUGAUGUCACCAUAGACAAUGCCUUGUCCCAUCCCAUCAUCCCUAGAAACAAAGAUUUCUUCUGUGAUGUCACUGCAGAGACAAGUCUCCCGCUUCUUGAGACUUCUUGAUAUCAUCCUGAGCACCAAGGCCUCUUGAAACUGUCCAGAUGUUUCUCUGCUGUGGAGAAGAUGCCUCUGCCCCACGAUGCCAUGACUACAGACUAAGCCAUUUUCCUGGGACACACUGCAGGGGACCGUGCCCUGCCAUGUGUCCUCACUAAAGAUUAGGCCUCCUUCCCAUAGUGCUGUCACAGGAUUUUGCCUCCCUCCUGUGAUACCAUCACCAGAAUAGGUGCCUUGCCCGAUGGCGCCAUCACAGGGACAGUGCCUCUUCAAGCGAUGUCAUUACCAGUAAUGACCACCUGUCCCAGGGACCUCUCCAGGAGGAGGCCCUGAUGUGGUGUGACCACCAGUUACCACCUGCUUGGAAAUGACACCAGGGGACACCUCUGUUGUUGUGCUGGGUUGUGAUAAAGUUGGGCGUGUCCAGCCCAAGAUCAUUUCGGGAAGAUGCCAGAGAAAGCAGCUUUUCCUGAGAUGUACUAUGAGGGUGUUGGCACUAGGGAUGCCAAGACAGUGACCUGUCUGUAGGAGGCUGGCGAUGAUGCCCUCCAUUGCCUGGACAUCAUCAUAAAGGAUUUCCUUCUGAGGCAGUCCCCACUCUCAAUGACCACCAGUAGUGAUUGUCAUCAGAGUCCUUGUCUUGCUUCCCUAUAACUUAGCUCCAUGGCUUCUUCCCAUGACCCCAGGGACAUGGCCAACAGGAUGUCUACCAGCACCUCUAAAGGGAGGUUGGGCCUGUGCAGUGAGUCCUUGGGGAUGGCACCCAUGGAUGAGCUUCAGCUCCAAGGAGGCCACUUUGAUCCAUGAGGCUUCUAAAUCCUGGGACUCAUAGGUGGGCCAAAGGCUGGCAUUACUUCUUUCUGCCAUAUCUAAAGACGUCAGCUCUAUCAACAGAGCCCCCAUCUCCUAUUGGAGGGAGAGGGUUGGAGUGUAUGUGCUGCUGACCUUGCCAAUGAUACCAUCAAUGCUACCCAGUGUACUCCUUUCAUGAUGGCAUAGCAGUUGGGAUCCAGUAUUAAUCAUGUCAUUUCCCAGGAUUCCAUAAGACUCACCUCAACUAGCACAUCAUCAUCUACCAGGAAUUGUUACCACUAAUGAUAUCACCACUGUCUCCCAACAUUCCUCCCAACCAAGGUGUCAUCACCUCCCAGGAUCCACAUAACAUGCCAUCAUCACCAUCUCCUAUGAGCUGCCACAGCAUGUUCUCAUCACCUCCCAGAAUCCAUUACAAUAUGCUCACCUCAUCAUCUCCCAGGAGCCAUCAGAACCAUGCUGUCCCUAUCAUCUCCCAGCAUUCACUACAGCCAUAGGUCCCCAUCAUCUCCCAGCAUUCACUACAGCCAUAGGUCCCCAUCAUCUCCCAGGAGCCAUCAGAACCAUGCUGUCCUCAUCUCUCAGGAGCCACUACAACCAUGAUGUUCUUGUCUCCCUAGUUGUGCCAUGACCGAUGAUGUCCUUAUCUUCCAAAAUCCAUUAUGCCUCGUGGUGGCACUCUCCAAGAGGACUUGUUAGGACGGAUAGUGCCGAUGUUUCUCAUCAUCACAGUGUUGCCAUCUCCCACGAUCUACUUCCACCACGUCUCAUGUCUCAGCCACCAGAGCUAUGAUGUCACCACUUCAUAAGAUCCACUGCAGCUGUGGUGUCCUUGGAUUCACGCAGCCAUGCAUCGCCACAUCCCGGAUCCAUCUGAGUGUCACAGUCAUAAUCCACAGGAAUCCACGAGAGCCAUGGUGUCACCACCUCCAGGCCCCACUCCAAUCGUGUCCUGUCAUGACUCAUCAGGAGUCACUGUAACCAUGGUGCAUCACCUCCAAUCAGCCAUAAUUGCCAAUGGUGUCUUCAUCUCCCAGGACCUACUCGAACCCCAGUGUCUCCAUGACCUAGGGUCCCUGAGACCCAGUGAUAUCGUUAUCCUUGGGGCCUCCCAUAACCAUGGUGUCAUCACCUCCUGGAUCCAUGACAACAAAUAAUGCCAUCAUUUCCAGAGUUCACUUCAGUCAUGGUGUCACUGCCUCCCAGAAUCCAUGUUAAAACUGUGUCCUCAUCUUCCAGGACCCAUGGCACUUGUGUGCCAUCUGCCAGGAUCCACCAUCUUAGGGUCCUCUGGGGUCUCAUGGCAUUUACAGUUCCUCCCUUCAGGGGAACCAGCACAACAGGCCAUUUCCCAUUCCCUCCGCAGGACUAGGGUGGAGCCAGCUGUCUCCCUCAGAUAGUGUCCCCCUCCCCCACUCUGGCCCUUCUUGAUUAUGUCACUGCCUCGCUCCUGAUCUGAAUACAUACCUGGGUCCAGAUGUGGCCUUGGCCAGCCUCCUUCACCCACUGGUGAGUGCAUCCAAACUCUUCCUUGUGUCACCACUGUCCCUCACCCAGCCAUCAGAUCGGUGACAGGGUCAACCCAGUGACUCCACAGCAGUAGCAGAGGUGGGGCUUCCCAGCCCUUGGGCGGCAUCACUGCCCUACCCCACUGUUAAUUGGACCCCACCACCAGAUCAGAACUCACUAGCUCGGGCCAAACUCUCUUUAGAAUCUUGGCCUGUGGGAAGAUGCCACAGCUGGCAAACCACCAGUUUGGCCAGUUCCCGGGGUGGGGAUACCUGAGAGCAUUGGCCACUGCUACCUUCACCUGCAAAGGCCAAGAAGGGUGCUCCUUCACCCCUUCCCGUAACACACCGGGGAGUCCCUAACACCCAGUGCACAAUUUGACCCUCCACACAGUUCUCUGUACAUAUAGCCAUGUUUCAGGGGGGCGGCCAUUCCCCACUCUUAAAGGGCUACAUGUCCCCCUCCCAGCCCCCAAGGCGAGGAGGGGGCUCUUCUCCCUCCUCUAGGCCGCCCUCUCCCUCUUAUACCCUUCUACCCCACCAAAUAUUGGCCUCUGUGCUCAUCCCUUCUCGCCAAGAGCCUGGAUGGGAUAGAUGGUGCCAGGGUCUCACCAUCGAGGAAGGUAGGAUGUCACCACCAAUCCUCCUAAACUCCAGCGCCAGGUUUUCAGUCUCCCAGCUAAUAGAAGUUCCGUGGGCUCCUCUUCCAUUCUAGGGCCUCCCUUCAAGCGCGCUUAACACUCCCACGGAACACACAGCUUUCUUCAGCCCCCAGCAUCGCAGGGGUGCGGGAGCUUUCGGCUUUUGUUUGCCCCCUUCUCUCAGUCUCUCCCUCCCUCCUUCCUAACUUGGAUUCCUUCCUGGGAUCUGCCCUCCCAGCCCCCCAGCCUCUAACCCUCCAUUCACCUGCCUGACCCAGGAGCCUUGACCUCUUAUUUCAAUAAAGCCAUAGUGGGGAGAGGUCUCACCCCCCACCCCACUAGCACCACGAUGCUUCCAGAGCUGGGACCUGGCCUUCUGAGUCUUCCCCACUGUUCCCCAGUAAACACACAAACACACAUGAACGGGGUGUGCACUGCCGUGCAGGGAAGCAGCUCCCCUUCUGGCUGGGGCUUGCAGAGGAGAUGUCAGAUUGAAGUGCUCCACCGGAGGACCCUCCACACCUCUGAAUCCCAGCCUCUCUCCCCUCCCCUACUCUUCCUUCCUGUGCUGAACCCACCUUCGACUUCCUGGUGAAGACAGCGAGAAGAGCUGGCGCUCAGUGGGGGGUGGUUUUUGUUUUGGAAUAAACAGCUGUUUUUUCCUGA